AUGGAAGAAGAAAUCAAAGGAUUAAGGAUGAAGGUUGAUUAUUUGGCAUCACUUUCUAACAAUGCUUGUUCAGCUAGAGAAGAAUUUUAUCGAUAUACAGUGCUAUUGAUUGGUGAAACAGGAUCUGGAAAAACUUCAUUUUUAAAUCUUCUUUAUAACAGCAAGUUAAUUGAGGAGCUGGGAACACAAGUUGAUGGAGCAAAAAUUAGUCAGAUCAAGCAUUACAACGACUUGAAAAUUGAAAGUUCAUCUGAACGUGCCAUGGAAAGUAAAACAAGUGAGGCCAAGUUUUACGAAACUGAAGUGUGUAAGAUGAAGAUGAUGGUAAUUGACACGCCUGGGUUUGGAGAUUUUAGGGGGCUGGGAAAAGAUAAAGAAAAUGUCCAGAAAAUUAUUGAUGCGUUAAAGCAACAAGAUUACAUCAAUUGCGUUUGCCUCAUCAUCAAUGGUCGCCAAUGUCGAAUGAGUGCUAGUCUUAAAUACAUCUUAAGUGAAAUUAGCACAACUUUGCCCAAAGAAAUUUUUGACAACAUCAUUGUCAUCUUCACAUACACUGCAGAUCUUCUUGACUGCAACUUCAAUAUUGCUGA